ACCGGUAGGUAGUGGUUUUCUCAGUGGUAAUCUUCCUUCACUGUUUUUAUCAAUCAUGCUUAAUGUGCGUCCUCAUUAAAUACAAUGAGAUGAAUAACCGAUUUCUAAUCAAUCAAAGUGCAUUACCAGUAAUUGAAUGUCAUCUCGUCUCACAAUGGUCAGUUAAACAAAAACGUUACGGUAGUUGUGAUUUCAACGUAUGCCGCAGCAUCAACCAGCUGUGGCUGGCUGUAGGCUAAGCUAAUGCAGUAUGUUCCCAGCUCUCUCAUACAGUUUCAGAUUGAUUACGGUAAUUUAACAGUAAUGCACAUUAAGUCACCCAAUGUUGUAAGCCAUAUUUCUUAAAGCAAGUAACAUGGUCAUCGGUAGUGCAUGAGUAGAGUGCAUACGUGCAUAAAUUUUUGAGUUAUGAAGUGACAGAAAAGGGCAUGAUGUAGUGAAUUAUUGAAAUCUGAUAUGGGGAUGAUCUCCUUCAAGUGGUGCGGUAAUGGUGUUGAAGGUAUCCUAAGGAGGUAAUUAAUCAAGUUAUCAAUGUGUGCGAUGUAGAAACAGGUGAAUGGAUUUAUCAGACAAGCCUGCAAGCUGAUUGGUAGGCAGCAUUGACGACAUGUAUUCAGUGCUCAGAACUUGCAAGUUCAGAGAGUUGUGGUGAUUUGUGUGGGUGCGAUUUCUUUUACAUGUAGGUGUGUGCAACCAGAUUUUUCAUUGCCCCUCAAAAAAGUUCCGUGGGGGGAGGGCAAAAAUGUUUCAAAAAUUUUCUGUUUAACCUUUUGUAGCCUUUCUUUGGCUUGAGGCUAAAUUUGGUGCUUUUUACAUGUUUUCGCAAUGAUGAAAAAGGAAAUAAAUCGAGAAAUCACUUUCCUUGCCCCUCCUUUGGUGGCUCUUGUUGGGAGGGGCAUGGCACCUUUCCCCCAGAUCUGCCUUUGCACAGAGGAUAGAACUGAACAAUAGAUUGAUGACCACCAAGGACAUGAACAAAUAUUUUGUUCCCUUCGUGGUUCUGUUCCCUGUUGUGCAAUAAUACAAGUCCGUGUACAUUGGAGGUACAUGUACAUGUAGGGUCAGUCCAGUGUGAAGUUGUGUACUGCAGAGUAAAAUUCCUCCCAAUAACAUUAACAGAGAAUUUCCUUGCUCUUCUUCAAAUUUGCCCCUUGAUCAAGUUGGCCUCUUCAACUGCUCUCUGUGGUCAUGCACACGAGCCUACUAUCAAAUUGAACAGUGUGAAGAUUUUUGUUCAUGAAUGCAUUUUAAUACAGGCCAUCCAUUUCAGAACAUUUAAAAAAACUGUAGGUCAUUGCAAAUAUAAAACAUGGAGAAUGAAGCUUGUACAUUGUGCAUCAUCUUAACUGGUACAUGUUCUAGGCUUACAAUACUUGUACACUGUACGUGUAGCUACAGUGUACGUAAAGUACAAUCCUUGGCAGGUUUGAGCAAUGGCUAUUUGUUAACCAUUGGUUGAUUUUCCCUGAUAACCUGUACACAACAUACAUGUAUAUCCUAGGUACCAGGGGAAGUUAUCCAGUGGUGAACAAGUGAUUGUUGCUCAAACUUACCCAUGGUACUGCUGUGUGUACAUACACAUUACAUGUACCAGUGUCUCCAGAGCCACGUCCAUUUGUUAAUGAUGAUGAUUGUCAGAAAUAGUUGGGUGCAUUCAAUCCACUAUUUCUGGAGUCAGGAUUUCCUUUAGAUUGGUGAGACUUUUCACUUUUUUCUUCACAAUGACUUUGGUUUUUUGUCAUCAGUACUCCAAGGUGACUAGUCUGACAGUCAUUGGCCAGGCCCAGUUUCAGGCAUGCCUCAGGAGUUGCUCACUAGUGAGAGGUUUGAUUUUGCAAACAUCAUUGAAAAUGAGAAAAAAAAAGGGAUUCUUUACUUCAUUUACCAAAAUUCUAAGUGGACUAUAUUCUUUUGAGCACUUUUACUGCAGUCACGGGGGCAUUAAGUGCCACCAAGCGCAAAAUAAAGCUGUAAGUCUGUUGCCUUUUCUGGCUUUGGAUCAUAUAUUGUAAUAUCUCUGGGACCUUAGCAACUCGAAGAAGUGGGCUGGUCAGUUUCAUAAUUUUCCGUCAAGUUUCCUUGUAAUUGCAUACUUUCAUUUUAAAUGUAAAAAAAAAAAUGCACUGUCAAGUACCGUAGACACUUCACCAAAGUCAGUAUGAGGAGUGAUGUUCAAAAUGAGUAGAAAGAAUCUGGUACCGGUAAUAAGCAAUAUGUGCUUUAGGAAUGAGGCCUCUUACUGCCCCGCAAAGGCCUCAGGAGAUUGGCCAAUUUCUUAGAGGCACUUGUUGGGAUGCCUGGAGAUGGGGCCGAGAUGGAUAUGUAGCAUUCUUGAACUGUGCUGUUGCUUUCAGCAUCCCAGGGGUCUCAUCAGUGAGAAUGCUUGACUGUGUGAAAGAACUGGGGCUGACCUACCAUGUACAUACUUACAUUUACAUGAAUCAGCAGCAGAAAUUUAUACACAUAUAUGUACAUGUACAACCGAUAUGUACUGCUUUCCUGCUGUGCGGUGGGAUACACGCACUUGUAUAUACAGUCAGUUUCCGUCCCUGGUGUAUAUUGAUGCUUGAGAUCUGUCACUAUAACUCAGGUCUUCUUAACGGUCCAUGUAACCACCUAAUGUUGAGCAUCAUACAUAGGUGUACAUGUAGAUUCUUCUAUCGCAUCAAGGGCUUGUUCUGGCAAGAGCACUAUCUGAAUUUUGUUUGAGAAAUCAGCUUGGUUUGAACUUAAAAGGAACACUUUGCCUAGAUGAGGUACAUAUAUUGUACCAUGAAGCCAAACCUCAAGUGCUGCCAUCUGUUGUGAGGUGUUAUUAUCAACACUUUAUGUUGGUAAUCAUCACAAAUGAGGAGUCACCCAGCCUUACACAUGUAUGUCGACUUGCAAGCUGCACGUGCAUGAAUGGCACACUGUCUCCCCCUGAGGACUCUCGACUCCCGCUCUCUCCAGACUCCAUCGCAAUCCUGGUCCAGGGCUGUUCCGACGCCGAGCCCACCGACAGGCUAGAGGUGCAUCCGACUAUCCGCCGGUUCUGCUCAGCCAACGAAGGGAUGUUGGGCCCCAACGAUGACCUGCUUGUGGAGCUGGAGAGGACGCGAAGUAAAGAUGACUACGUGAGGCCCAGGCCGGUCAGCAUGAACUAUGCGUCAUGCUCACCAUUUGGCAAGUUAGAGACGUACAAGAAAAUUGGUCCACUCGGGGAGGGAUCUUACGCCAAAGUAUUUAAGGCAAUAAGCAGUGUCAAUAAACAGGUGGUGGCCCUGAAGGAGAUUCGACUGCAGCAGGAUGAGGGGGCGCCCUUCACUGCCAUACGCGAGGCGUCGCUGCUGAAGGGGCUUAAGCAUGCCAACAUCGUCUGUCUGCAUGACAUCAUCCACACCAAGACGACGCUCACGUUUGUCAUUGAGUAUGUGCACACUGACCUCAGCGCCUACCUAGAGAAGCACACCGGGGGUCUGAACCCCCACAAUGUUCAGCUGUUUCUCUUCCAGCUCCUGCGUGGCUUGUCUUUUUGCCACCAGAGGCGGAUACUCCACCGAGACAUGAAGCCGCAGAACAUCCUCAUCAGCGAGAUCGGGGAACUCAAGCUAGCAGACUUUGGUCUUGCUAGAGCCAAGUCCAUUCCUAGUCACACAUACUCUCAUGAGGUCGUCACGUUAUGGUACAGGCCGCCCGAUGUUCUGCUGGGCUCCACCAACUAUUCAACACAACUUGACAUUUGGGGUGUGGGUUGUAUAUUUGUCGAGAUGUUGAGAGGUCACCCAGCCUUUCCAGGAAUGAAAGAUUACAAAGACCAGCUGGAAAGAAUAUUCAAGGUUUUGGGGACCCCAACCGAAGAGACAUGGCCCGGGGUGUCAAGACUGCCAAAUUACAAGACAGUUGUAGCCAAAGUACAUCCACCCAGGACACUAUGCGAGGUGAUUCCAAGUUUGUGUGUCAGUUACGGUGGUGAUGAUCUUGCUAAAAAUCUGCUGCAGAUGGACCCAAAGAAGAGAAUAUCAACCACAGAUGCCAUGAAACAUCACUACUUUAGCAACCUGCCAGCCAAAAUACAUGACCUCCCUGACAUUGCGUCCAUUUUCAAUGUCCCUGGUGUCAAGUUGGAACCGGAGAAAGAAUCCAAAUGAACAGUAUACAUGUAGCUGGCUGCUGAAUGUAAGUCCAGCCCUGAUUGGUGAUUGUAUCAUCACAACUUGCACGGUGUUAGAAGUAUGCUCACACUUUUCACACCUCACCUGCUGCACUGUUACCGAAGUCUACUGCCAGUUCCCACUGUGCUACUUACGGUAGGAUCGUCUUGUUACUCCAGCUGGCUUGCUUGAGAACAGACUUGAAGGGAUGGAAGAAUAUGCCGAAGUGUUCUAUUCAGAUAUUUUAGCAGCACACUACUGAAGGCAUCAUGCUUAGCAACCAUGUACUAAACCAUCACCACCGUCCAUCUGUUAAAAGUUCACGAGUAGAAUCAAGGACAAAUCCACAGUAGCUGCUGUCGAGGCAUGUGUUGUGGCAACACAAAGAUAUGUCCCGUCAAUUUCAAAUGGUCUUACUUGGACAAAUUCUCAACUCGAGUUAGCCUGACACUGUCUUAUGUUGUAUUUGAUAGAAAUGCAAAGCAUGUAAAAUAAAAGGGAAUACUGUGGAUUUUUCCUAUGGCAUUGAUUGUUAUUGUACUAACAAACGCACCAGUGUUCGUGUCUGUGUUCAGCAUUUGAAAUCGUGUCAUGCCAACACAGGUCAAACCCUCCUUCGCUCGUUUUGGUCGGUUUGUUUCUCCAUGUAUCCCAUUAAGAACUUGACAUACAAAAAAAUGAACAAUUUGCUAGUCAGCCAUUUUAUUGUAAAAAACCUGCUAUUUUGCAUGCAACGUUUAACUUAAAGCCAAAGACACCAAUACAUCCAAGUUUGUGAAAAAAAUUAUCUAGAUAGAUAACUUUGAAUUAUGAGAAUUAUUACAUAUUUAUUUUCCUGUUUACACCCAGUUCUUUAACACCACUGAGAACCGUGGAUUUUUCCAUUUGUGACCCGUCAUGACAAAAUGAGCAUAAAGUCGCAUUCCGCUCUUUCCUAUUUUGAAGGUUC